CUCUUUCGCUGUGUUUAGAAGGGGAAGGCGAUAGCCGGCAGGCCGGUGCUGAUCGUAUUCUGUCGAGGGUGUCGCCAUUUUCGUUUUGACGAAUAUUGACAGCACGGCAGACAGACAGUGGCUCGACCGUCGACGGAGCGUCUGCCACUAUUUUUAUUUUGAUAGUGAAUCACAUAACGUGCUCGUCUUGUAUUUGUAAUAAAAAGCUGUUUAUUUAAUACUAUCUCGCGUGACUUGUGAUUGAUAAAUGACUGUUUGAGAUUUUUGGUGCUAACCUCCUUUUUUAGCUUAGUGUUUUUAAGAACUGCAAGACUGUGAUCGAUAUGUGCAAGAUGUGCAGAUGACUCCACAGUUCCAAGCGACACCGUGUUGUUUUCUUCUGAUGGUGGCGGGGCGGGGGCGGUGCUAGGGAUGCAGGGCGCCGCGCCCGCAGCCGACGGCGACCAGGCCCAAUUCGAGGCGGACAAGAGGGCCGUCUAUAAACAUCCCCUGUUCCCAUUGCUAGCGUUGCUCCUCGAGCGAUGCGAGCAAGCAACGGCGGGGGCGGAGCCGCCAGCCGCCGACGCCUUCGGUGCCGACCUGCAGGCCUUCGUGCAGCAUCAGCGGAGGGACCGCCGACCGUUCCUGGUUGACGAUCCGGAGAUAGAUGGGCUCAUGAUUAAGAGCAUACAGGUGCUCAGGAUCCACCUGCUAGAGUUAGAGAAGGUGCAGGAGCUAUGUCGCGACUUCUGCGGUCGCUACAUCGCCUGUUUGAAGACUAAAAUGCAGAGUGAGAAUCUCCUGCGGACUGAUUAUACAGGAGGUGGCGUAGAAAGCAAUAACAACCUCUCUGGCACCCUAGACGACCAUUCCAGUACUUCCAAUUCCCCACAGUAUCAGUCGCCUGUGGCGCCGCUUGUCGCGCCGCCGACGUACCCCGUGUUCCACUCCGACCUGCCCUUCGCUGCGCCCAGGCCCGACCCGCAAUCCUUAGUAGUGCAAGGCUCCACACCAAUAAGUCAAAUCGGUGCCGGGUUGAUAUCAACAGAUUCUUUCACAGGAACGAACUCCAACAACUCUUGUUCUUCAGUAUCCGGGUCCCCCCCUCCUGAGGAGGACGAGGACUCCAGCGGCAAGCGCGGCGUGUUACCGCGACACGCCACGCAGGUCAUGCGCGCCUGGCUGUUCCAGCACCUCGUGCACCCAUAUCCGACUGAAGAAGAGAAGCGUACACUGGCGGCGCAAACUAGGCUGACGCUUCUACAAGUUAACAACUGGUUCAUCAACGCUCGGCGACGCAUUCUACAGCCCAUGUUAGACUGUGCGGAUAAGCCUGGUGGCAAAAAGUGCAAAAAUGGCUCCUCCAUCAGCAAAAGGUAUUGGCCUGAUGCCCUCUCCAACCCACAGUUCACUGCAGGUCUCCUCUCGUCGUCGGAAGACGAGGAACAAGAAGGUGAACCCUCAGGAGACGAGCAGGAACCGUCGAACGAAGACCCGGAGACCUUCCCUCCCAUACAGCAGCCAAUGCACUAAACAAACUACAUGUGUCGAAGUCUAUACUCUGUACUUUUAGGUAUUUAAAAAAAGUCAACAAAUAAUUUGUAUAAUAUUGUCUUCGGUUACCGCGAUAGUUACUCAUGAA